GUCAUAUGACCAUCAAGUUGAGCUGAGCGUACACCUACACAGCUGUCGUCGCAAUGUCUAAUAAUUUGUUCGAGGAUCGUGAUCGUCGGCCUCUUGUUACUUGGCGUCGUGAUCGACGUUCUGUUGUACACGAAGACGAAUCAAGCAGCCUGCUGUUAGAGCAAGCCGUCGUAUUUGUAAAAGAUGCUAUUAAGUAUCGCUCUAUUCAUCACAAGAUUGAUCGUAUUGCUCUCAAAGUCUAUCAGGUGUAUUAUUCCAGACCUGCACAAUGGUUUUUGAGAUUUACUAUCUUUACGAUAUUAAUCCUGGCAUUUUUUGAGCGUCCUACAUCAUUAAGUAAAAGUUCUGAUCCUGCACGAGCUGCAGGUCAUAGACUCGAAGCUCCGUGUGGUGUCAUGGAGGCAAUUGAAUUUGUAUGUCUUUUUAUCUUUUUGAUUGAUGUCAUCACAAAGAUUUAUCUUCUUGGACUUAAACGAUCAACGCGACGGCCGUGGGUUGUUGUUUACCUCGUGCUUGUUAUUGUAUCAAUGAGUGAUUGGGGAGCAACUGUUGGGAUGAGUUGUCGAGAGAUUGCGCAUGUGACCAAAUGGAGGAGAUUAUUUCGACCGUUCUUUUUGCUGCAAUAUUCAUCGCUUUUAAAGAAAACACUGAAGUCGAUCAACAAAACGUUGCCUGGUAUUGUGGGUGUUCUGUUUCUUCUUGCUCUUCAUCUCUAUUUUUUCACAGUGUUAGGCAUGUUGCUGUUUACAAGAAAAGUCACACAGCCAAUGAAAAACAUUACAGGUUCGAAUGUAUUACUGGAAGCUCAUUUGGCAAAGAGACAUGAUGUUACGCUCUUGACUGAGUCUGAGAAAUACUUCAGCUCUCUUGGGACUGCGUUUAUAAGUUUGUUGGUACUUCUCACAACAGCAAAUAAUCCAGAUGUCAUGUUGCCGGCUUAUAGAGAAAAUCGAUUGUAUGCUCUUUAUUUCAUUGCCUUUCUCUCAAUUGGUCUCUACAUCUUUCUGAAUCUUCUAACUGCCGUCAUAUACAAUCAGUUUCGAGGCUAUCUGUCGACAUCAAUGCAGGCUAGCUUUUUUCGACGACGUGUGGGUAUUCGUGCUGCAUUUGAAGUGAUGAAACAUCAUUCAGCUAACAGAAGUAUUAGCACAUCAGGGGAAGUAGUGAAUAUCACACUUGUCAAAAGUCUCAUUGAUAGAGUAAUGAUUCCAUCAAAACAUAGACCUUUUAUGCAUCAGCACCUUGACAUAUGGUCAACAGAUGUAAUGACUUGUGAGCAAUUCAAAGACUUCUUUGAUAUCCUGUAUCAAGAUUCAAGUACAUUUGCACCUAGUCCUGACAGGUUUACCUACUCACUUCACACCAUCAUUCGAUUUCUACAGAAACUAGUUCUUCACAAGUGGUUUUGCUACUUUCAAAUUUUGGUGUCAGUAACAAACUGCAUUGUUCUUACAGUUGAUAUUUCAACUGAGUAUGAUAGCAGUUUGUCUCGAGAUGAUCAUUUGGCGCUUGUGAAUAUGUCAUUCAUUUUCUACUAUGUCAUUGAGCAGGUUUUCAUAUUGUUGGUCAUUGGUUUUCAAGAAUACACGAGACACAAGGGCAACGUGUUCAAUGGCCUAGUUACUCUGGCCUUAAUGGCAUUGCAAAUUGCUAUCUUUUGCUAUGACCCAUAUCCUUUUCAGAAAACAGAGGAUAGAGUGGUGACAUCAAGGACACUGUGGGCGCUCUAUCGUGUUGUCAGCAUUGUUAUUCUGUUGCGUGUUCUACAGAUCGUUCCUCACAUCAAGACGUUUUCCCUGAUCACAAGUACACUACUUGAACUGGGAAAGAGUUUGGUCCCAUUUAUUGGAAUUUUAGUGGUUGUUUACUAUUUCUUUGCAAUUUUGGGUAUGCAGAUAUUUGCUGAUAUAGAUGUUCGAUUGAGUGACAUAAAUAGAACAAAUGCUGAACAGUAUAACAAAUGUGGCAGUUAUGAGCAGUUGGGAUAUUAUCCUAACAACUUCAACGACUUUGCUGCUGCACUGGUUGUCUUAUGGGAUGUCAUGGUAGUCAAUAAUUGGUUUGUGUUUCUUGAAGCUUACAAGCGUGCUGUCAGCCCAUGGUCACAGCUAUACUUCAUUGCCUGGUGGCUGGUGUCUGCUGUUCUUUGUGUUAAUAUAUUUAUUGCUCUUGUUUUGGAGGCAUUCAUCUCACAAUGGGAAGAAAGUAAAAAUACUGGUGAAAGAGAUGUUACCGGUGCCCGUGUCAGAUGGCUGGAGAGUGACUCGAUACCAGCUGUAGCCAGUUCUGAACUACGUCGUCCAUCUACAGUGGAUAGACGCAUCUCAGUUGAUGUCACAGACGCAGUUGUUGUUCACCAGAUCUUCAGAGACAAGCUUGUGGAGCCAGGUGAAGCAGAAAUCAUGCACGAACUGCACAGACAUGAGAAUUUAGUUAUUUGACCAAUGUAUGUAUACGUGAGUUAUAAUUAAAUUGUUUUUGUCAUCUUGUUAAUAGAGUUUUGUUGACUGUCAUAGCUGUAGAUAUAACUACUGGUAGUACCAGGGUAAUGAAUACAGAAAAAGUGUAUUUUGUGAUAUCAAUUUAA